AAUGACCCACUUAUAAACCCUCCUGAACAAACGCUUCUCACCCAUUUCACUCUCUCGCUCUUCGCAGCGGUCUCCAACUCCAAUUUCCGAAGGCCCUUGUUCACAGUGGCGGUAGGGACUUUUCUUAAUUCUGCCCUAUAUUACGAUUUUUGUAGUGUUGGGCGAUGUCUCAUCUAAUCUCUUCUCAGUAUCUUUAAUUUAUAAUCAGCUUGUACCUUACUCUUUUCCUCUUAAAAUCUUGUAGCCAAUCUCCUUUAGUUUAUCAAAAAUGCCGCAAAAUGACAACAUUCGCUUCAUCUCAUCUUCAAUCAAAAUCCCUUGUGAAACAAUGCCGCAAAAGGCUGACAUUCAAUUCACAUUACCUUCCAUGAAAAUUUCUUCUUUUCGAUCUUCCCAUUACCUUCGACGAAAGCACCAUCACAUUAUCUCUCCCUUUGCUUCAGUCCAAUUCUCCAACCAUAACUCAGUUCUGCAAUUCAUUGAUUCUGUGAAAACCCCUUUUACCCAAUUGGUUGAUUUUGUCAAAACCCCAUUCACCCAGUUUGUUAAUUCACUCCAACCUUCAAGUAAUAUAUUCAAUUCAACCAAAAAUCACAGCAAAAGAAAUCCAUUUCACUUAAAGUCCUUGCUCUUAUCUUCUGCUUCCUUAGCUCUGACAGGCCCCGAUGAGGGGAGUCUAAUGACUCCGCCAAAGAUUGGGAGCCAAUCUGCAAGUCAGAAUGAUGAAGAACGGGUUUUGAUUAGUGAGGUAUUUGUCAGAAAUAAAGACGGCGAGGAACUUGAAAGGAAGGAUUUAGAGAAUGAAGCCAUGACUGCACUAAAAACCUGCAGGCCAAAUUCCGCGCUUACGAUUCACGAAGUUCAGGAAGAUGUGCACAGAAUUAUUGGCAGCGGGUAUUUUUCUUCUUGUAUGCCUGUUGCUGUAGAUACAAGAGAUGGUAUUCGUUUAGUGUUUCAGGUAGAACCAAACCAAGAAUUCCGAGGUUUAGUAUGUGAAGGAGCAAAUGCUCUUCCAUCAAAGUUUGUGGAAGAUGCCUUUCGCGGUGGAUAUGGAAAAAUAGUCAACAUAAGGCGUUUGAAUGAUGUAAUUGACUCUAUCAAUGGUUGGUACAUGGAUCGAGGUCUUUUUGGAUUGGUCUCUGGCGUUGAGAUAUUUUCAGGGGGUAUAAUCAGGUUACAAGUUUCCGAAGCAGAGGUUAAUGAUAUAUCCAUACGUUUUCGUCGCAAGACUGGCGAGCCAACUGUAGGGAAGACAAGGCCAGAAACUAUACUUCGCCAACUAACUACGAAAAAGGGGCAGGUCUACAGUAUGCUUCAAGGGAAAAGAGAUGUGGAUACUGUGCUAACAAUGGGUAUAAUGGAAGAUGUUAGUAUUGUUCCACAGCCUGCUGGAGAUACAGGCAAGGUUGAUUUAACAAUGAAUGUGGUAGAACGUCAAAGUCAUGGCAUAUCUGCUGGGGGUGGAAUAUCAAGUGGGAUCGCAAAUGGCCCUCUUGCAGGAUUAAUUGGCAGUUGUGCAAUUCAUCAUAGAAAUCUUUUUGGAAGAAAUCAAAAGCUUAAUCUCUCACUUGAGAGGGGCCAAGUUGAUUCACUUUUUAGAUUAAACUACACAGACCCAUGGAUUGAAGGAGACGAUAAGAGAACAUCAAGAUCAAUCAUGGUUCAGAAUUCGAAAACCCCUGGCAGUCUUGUUUACUCCCAGCCAGAUGGUAAUAUACUUACCAUAGGCCGCGUCACAGCUGGCAUUGAAUAUAGCCGUCCCUUUAGACCAAAUUGGAGUGGAACUGCAGGAGUUACUUUUCAGCGUGCUGGUGCUCGUGAUGAUAGAGGAAAUCCAAUCAUAAGGGAUUUCUACAGCAGUCCACUCACUGCAAGCGGUAAUGCCUAUGACAAAAUGUUACUUGCUAAACUUGAGAGUGUAUACACUGGUUCUGGUGGCCCUGGCUCUUCGAUGUUGGUACUAAAUAUGGAGCAAGGGCUUCCUGUAUGGACAGAAUGGUUAGCUUUUAACAGAGUCACUGCUCGUGCACGAAAAGGAUUUGUAGCUGGUCCUGUAUCCUUCUCAUUUGGUUUGUCUGGUGGCCACAUGGUGGGUAAUUUUCCUCCUCAUGAAGCAUUUCCCAUUGGUGGAACUAACAGUGUGAGAGGAUACGAAGAGGGGGCAAUUGGAUCUGGUCGUUCGCAUGUGGUUGGCUCCGGAGAAAUGUCUUUUCCCCUGCUGAAGCCUUUAGAAGGGGUGGUAUUUGCCGAUUGUGGCACUGAUCUUGGAUCUGCCUCGGCGGUACCUGGCGAUCCUGCUGGAGCACGACUAAAGCCUGGUAAUGGUUAUGGUUAUGGAGUAGGUGUGCGUUUGGAGUCUCCAUUUGGACCUUUGCGUCUGGAAUAUGCCUUAAAUGAUCACGGAACAGGGAGGUUUCAUUUUGGUGUCGGUUACAGAAAUUGAUGAGUAGUCUUUAUACAAUUUCUGUGUAUUUUUUGUGAUGAGUUAGAGGUUAAUUAGUUAGUUUUACAUUUAUCGUGCCAAUGGAGUGCAAUGCCUCGAUAGAUUAGUUAGAAAAUAAUGACAUAUUGAGCCAAAUAUGAGAUGAGAUGAAAGAAGUGCAGAGUAUUUUGAACCGUCA